AUGGCUGGCCCGGUGAAUGGCACCAGCCAUGAAGAUGGGGUUGGCCCGUCACAAAUCCAUCGCCGUUUGAAGGCGGAAUUCGACGAUGUCUUGCGCACCAGCAUGCAGAAUCGCCUCAAGAAUCUGCGGGAAGAGGUGGAGGCGCUCUGCAACUCCCUGGAGGCCGCGCCGAACGGAGAUGACGAGCCCUCGCCAGCCUCCAGCGCCUCUCGCGCAAGCGCGCCAGACACCAAGGCGCUGUGUGAAACCGUGGCAAAGGCCCUGCGGAGAGCCAAGCGCUGCUCCAAAAAACCGAUCACCAGCUAUGGGCCUUCAGACAGACAGGUGGGCAAAGCUGAGCCCUCGGAGAAAGACGAGGCCUUGGUCAUGGAGGGCACCACUUUGCGCGCCACCCUGGCCUCCCUGGAGCAGUCCCUGUCUUCGCGCACCAAGCAGAUUCUGGCCCUCACGGAACAACUGAAGGUGUGUGAGUCCGCUCGCGAUGAGAGGACGGUCCAGGCAGCCGAAGCCAAGGAACAGUUAGAUACGCUGGUGUCAAAUCCCAAGAAGUUGGAGCAGAUCUGUGAGAUCCAUUUGGCGAAGCGCAAGGAGCGGGUGGAGGACAUGGCAAAAGAUGCCGCCCAGCAGAAGCAACAUGCCAAGUACUAUCAAAGCCUCGCGCAGCAGCAGCGAGCCUUCUACUUGCAGAGUGAGCGCAUCUCCGCCUGUGGUGGUAAGGAGGCCAUCGCGAGGCAUCGGGCUGGGGAAGUGGCGCUGGUACAUCAGCCAACCUCACUACAGGAUGACGACACGGAGGAGAUGUUUGAUGUUGGCACGGCAGUGGCCAACCCAUACGUGUGUGAUUCCUGGCCAUUUGAGCCCAACGUCCUUGCCAAGCGGACGCCACAAGAAUCCUCAAUGCCAACUUUCGAAGAGGAAACGGAGGAUGACCUCAAGGAGGCAGAAAGGGGUUUUAGGACAAACCCCUUCCGCUCCCUUCGCUUCCCGCCGGGGCCAUCUGGUGCGGCCAGCGAUGAUGAUGAUGAUCGCUACCCUGGCACCGCCAGGAGCUUGUAA